GGCGCCGCCCCGGCGCCGCUGGAGCUAGGGCUGGCCUCCCUGCAGGUGCGCCGCUCCAGUCCGCGCGCCGUGGCCCUCCCGGCGGCGGUGGAGGAGCAGGCCGCCCUGCGCCAGCUGGUGGCGCUGCAGCACGCGCAGCUGCGGGACGUGCAGCGCCAGCUGUGCAGCCUGCAGCUGCUCGUGGCCGGCCUGGCGGGCGCGGCGGCGGGGCCCCUGGGCCGCCCGGGCCUGCCCGGGCCCGGCGCCGGGGAGUGCUGCGGCCUCGCCCUGGGCCCGCGGGCGCCGCUGGGCGUGCUGGACGCGUGCGUCCAGCGGCGCGACGUGGCGGUUGGCGUCGAGGAGUCGCAGCUGCACGCUGGCGGCGGCAGGCCGGCGCAGGUCGAGCGGCGGGACGCCGCCGUCAACACCUCGGCGCGGGGCCCCGCGCCACCGCCGUUCUGGGAAGGCCCGGCCGCGCAGCCGCCCCGCGAGGCUGCGGCGCUGGCCGGGGGCCCGGAGAAGCUCCUGGCCGACGCGGGCCCUGCCCCGAGCGAGUGCCCGGCAUCGGGCCGGGCAGACCCCGCAGACGCCAGGGCAGCGCCGAAAGAGGAGGGCUGGCCCGGCCCGGCCCUGGCCGAGGCGGCGCCCGGCCACGCGGGCCUGCUGCUGCCGUGGGGCCCCGCGGAGCCGGAGCCCGAG